AUGAACACAGAGGAGACAAUUGAAGCGAGGCAACAGCGACUCGCCUCUAUCCCCCGAGCGAUUCGAUGUGAUCGUACGGUCCCAUGCUCCCAUUGCCGCACAUCUGGUAUUGCUUGUCAAAAUUCCUGCGACAAGCCAGAAAGUCGACCCAGGUCUGAUCGAAUCAAGCAUCUGGAGUCACAUGUAUCACGUCUCGAAAAGCGCCUAAGAAGCCUCGAGGCCCGGUUUGCCAAUUCCCAUACUGCCGGGGAACCACAGACAACUUCGCCCAGACUGGAAAGAAGCACGAGUGAACUCGAGGUCAGAGCUUCCCCAUCAGCUGGGGAGAAUCAGCUAUUUGAAGGUGGUUCUUCCUUUAGCUUCCAGUCCUUCCAAGCCAGUAAAGCCGUUGAAAUGACUGCCGAGUCUAAUGAUCCGAGAGAUGAGUCAAACAUCAAAGAGUCUUUGGAUCAUUUGCAAAGUCUUCUUCGAGAAUCACCUUCAAGGUAUCAUCAUUCUUUUGGCAACUCUGCUUUGCAAUCGAUGCCAGCAGUGAAACUUUUGCCGGUGGCAUUGGUCAUUGGCAUCCUACAACGAUUCAAAACCCGCCGCCCGCUGUUUCUCUCAUCCUAUGCUGUUAGUGAUCUAGCAUUUGUCGAGCGACUAUGCCAGAACGUCUACUUUCCAAUGACGUCCGUCACUGUCGGCCAAUUAACAAGCAUGCACGGAAUUCUUUAUUUUCUACUCAAGGAGUACAUGGCAUUGAAGGACCCACUCUGUGAAGAGUUUGACUUCAAAGCCCAUCUAGCUCAGUGUGACCGAAAUUUAAUAUCUGGGCUUGAAACAUACGACAUCCUAGCAGUACCAUGUUUUGAAAAUGUUUUGGCCCUGGUAAUGGGGGCUAUCAAGGCACAGGAAGAAGCCAAACCUUUCCUCUAUUGCACCCUGAUCUCUUCGGCCGCCACUCACUGCCAAACACUCGGUUAUCACCGCGAAAUUACUUACCAAGAACCCAGAGCCGAAAGUUCUGACAAUAUCCGUCGCUUAUUUUGGACGGUAUAUGCCUUUGACAAGAACAUAUCUCUUUUGCUGGGGCGGGCUUCGCGUAUUCAGGACUUUGACAUCGAUACAGGUUACCCUGAAGCUUCAUCUGAUCCCACUUUACGGCCAUGGGAUGAAUCUUUCAUCUUGGGUAUCAAACUAGCGAGCCUCCAGGGCCAGAUCUAUACUGCCCUGUACUCCGCGACGGGACUGAAGAAAUCACUGUCCGAACGGUCAGCAGAUAUUAGUCGUCUUUCCUCUCUCCUAGAGCAAUGGCGUAUUGAACUUGAAGAAAUCAACUCGAGUGGUGUAAAUAACCCACAAGUAUUUCACCUGUCUCGGGGAAACUGGGACAUAAUGUUUUACUCUACUUUGACAGCACUUUUUCGUGCGUCGCCAGGUCCGGGGGGGGCAGUACAGAUCAAUUCACAAUGUUUCCAUGCAGCACGUCUGAGCUUGCAGUCACACCUGCGAUGCCUUCCUCAAUAUCAGGAGACGAGACUCUUGUCGGAUAUCGACUAUGUCAAUUUCAUUCUUUUAUUUUCAUCCUUCACUCCUUUUAUUGUUACUUUUCUGCAUGCGAUAGGAGCACAUAAUCCUGAAGAUGUCAAGCUUCUGGAGGAUGUCCUCAGCACCUUGCAAAAUGCGCGAGUGGCGUCCAAAGCAGCAGAACGUCUUUUUCAGAUAUGCAGCGCAUUUGUUCGACUGGCAAAAGAAUUGUCCAGGCCCAGGAGCUCGCCGUUAGGCUUUUAUAAUCAGCGGAAUGAUUGCCUACGCUUGAUGGACACACCAGGCCAGUCUAUAUUACGCCCUGGAGUAUUCCAGCCAACCCAAGGACAAGACCCCACUGAUGGGCUGGGUCCCUCGGACGUUUUUGAUAUUUUGGAUGAUUGGGUCAGCGGACAACCCAUUUCUAUGGACUUCUUCGACGUGAACCCCGAAGUGAAUAUGUUUCAAUAA